GACCACGUUUUAGAUUGACCGAACCGAACCCCAGAAUCGAAAUGGCUUCCAAGCUGUUCUCCAAAGCUAGUCAUUUACAGUCAAAGGCAAGGUUGGAGGACAGCGUCGUUUGCGCACUAUGCACUUCCUUCAGAGAGGGACGAAACUGGGACGCCGUAACCCGCGAGUUUGGUGCCCUCGAGUUAAACGACUCGUCGGUGGAACAGGUCCUGCUGCACCUGAAUUCCCCCACCGACGCAAAGGCCGCAUUGGGCUUCUUCCAUUGGGCCGCGAAGCGCCACAACGGCUUCCAACACGCGACUCGCUCUUACUGCAUCGCCAUCCACCUCCUAUUGGGAGCCAGGUUAGUCACCGACGCACGUGCACUCCUCCAAUCACUCGCCCAAAGAAACACCGACACACGCACGGUUCGUGCGGUCGUCGAUUCCCUUCUCGACACGUGUCACCUUUCCACCUCUCGCUCUCUCGCGGUCAACCUUUUCAUCCAAGCCUACGCCAAGGCCAAGUUAACGGACCUCGCUUUCGACGCUUGCCGUUACGUCGAGGAUCGCGGGUUCUCCGUCAGCGUCGUUAGUUUCAACGCCUUGCUUCACGCGGUUCAGAGAUCUCACGAGUGUGGUCUCGUUUGGGAUGUUUACGAGUUCAUGAUUCGGCGAAGGGCUUACCCUAAUGUGACGAGUCUGAGGAUCAUGGUGGAUGCUCUGUGCAAGGAAGGGGAAUUGCAGAAGAGUGUUGACACCUUGGAUCGGAUCAUGCGGAAGAGGACCUUUCGUUCUCCUUCUAUGAUUGUUAACUGCGGUUUGAUGUUGAGGAUCAUGGAGAGGGGACACGUGGCGGAAUCGGAGCGCGACGUGGUGGUUUUGUUGAAGAGACUGUUGCAGAAGAAUCUGCUUCACGAGACCGUCGUGUAUUCGUUGAUUGUGCACGCCAAGGUUGUGUUUGGGGAUUUGGAUUCCGCGCGGGGGUUAUUUAUGGAGAUGGUGAGAAGAGGCUUCGAGGGGAAUGCUUUUGUUUAUAAUUCGUUUAUUGGAGCGUUUUGCAGAGAUGGGAGGAUUGAGGAGGCGGUUGGUUUGAUGCGUGAAAUGGAAGGAAAGGGGUUGGAGCCUUAUGGUGAGACGUUUGAACACAUUCUCGUUGGUUGUGCCGCGGAUUCGGAGCGGUUGGAGGAGUGUUUGCGUGCUUUUGAGGAAAUGGUGAAGGUUGGGUUUGUGCCUGGUUGUUUGGUGUUUAAUGAGGUGGUGGAGAGGCUGUGUGAGAGGGGUUAUGUGGAGAAGGCAAAUGAAAUGUUGACUGUUUUGUUGGAUAGAGGGUUUUUGCCUAAUGAUGUUACUUACUGUCGUUUGAUGCAGGGUUAUGCUGAGAAGGAGGAGGUUCAGGAAGUUCUCAAGCUGUAUUAUGAAAUGGAGUACAGAUCUGUGAGUCCUGGAUUGUUGGUUUUCGUGGCGAUUAUUCGGUGUUUGUGCCGCUGUGGGAAGGUUGAAGAUGCAGAGAGGUAUUUGAGGAUUAUGAAAGGGCGUUCGGUGAGCCCAGAUGUGACUGUGUAUGAGGCAUUGAUUGAUGGAUACGCGAAGAAGGGGGAUAGUGGUAAGGCUAUUUGCCUGCGAGAGGAGAUGGCUUCUUUGGUGUUGUGAUGUGGUGUUGUUAUUGUACAGAAAAGAGGUGAAAGGAAGGUAGUGCUUCUUGUUUCGAGAAAUGGUGCUUCCAGCAAUGUAUAAUGUCAAAAUGGUGAUAUGGAUGUGUUAUUUAUGCUGCAUCAAGAGCAAUGUAUGUUGGAAACUUGUUGUGAAGUGUGGAAUGGGCUGAUAUGGUUAAAUUAGAUGUCAUAUAAAGGAGGGAGGCUUGCAGGCUUUGGACAUGGUGAGUAUAUAACAGAAGAAGCAACAUGAAAUAUUGAAAUGUAAGAUUUUGUUGCUUUGUGUAGUAUGUGCAAAUUGGAAUACAUAGAACUGCCAACAAGCAUUUCAAAGAUAGUCAUACCUUUGGAAGUGGUAGUGACAUGAACUUGUCAGAUACACAAUUUGGCAAAAUUUUAACAACUGGAUUUCAUUGAAAUAUUUUUCUCAUUCCCAGUAUUUUCAUUAAUUUACUGAUGCCAUUUGGCUUUUGAAGUAAGUUGUUAUUUGGAGGUGGUUGUGGCUUUAGUAUUGAUGAUAUUGCGACAACCUGCAAUUUUUACGAUAUCACAUUAUUGUUGUCCUCCAGAUGUAUAUAGAUUUCAUACAAUGUGGAAUGGGCUGAUAUGUAUAAAUUACAUCUCGUGCACAUGGUAGUUAGUUAUUUUUGUAUAAUUUUACUCAUUUCAAAGAUUAUUGAGAAAUUGUUAAUAUAGGUCUCUUCAUAGUUCAUACAGAUAAAGAAUGGAGGAUUAGAGGCUUUGGACAUGCUUAGUUUGCAACAGCAAGAGCAGCACUAUAAGUAAGCUUUUGUGAACUUGUGUAAUUUGUGCAAAUCAUAUUUAUAUUAGAACUGCCAACCAGCAUUUUAAAGAUAAUCAGGCUUUUUGAAGCAAUAUUGCCAUAUAUAUUGCCGGAUACAUUUGUGGGAUCGAAAGACUUUUCUCAUUCCCAUUACUUUUUCCAAGGUUGUUUUUGAAGCAUUACUUUUCCUGCGUAAUGUGAAAUCUAUCUCUAUUUUUGGAAAGGAAGGAACAGGGCAUGAAAUGCACAUACUGCACCGUGUAUACAGAACCCAUAUUGGUGAGCCUGAAAUUGGAUCUACUAAAGCCGAGGAUGUGUUAAAACUUUUUCAAGGAAAGUAGAUGUGUUUGAAUGAAUACAGUUCAGUUUCUGAAUCAAAUAAUCCUAUCCAUUGGCAGAGAUUUGCCUUACAAAUGCUAGAAGAUCCUAAUAACAGAGCAAAGCACAUCUAGUCGUAAUUCACACUAUUGGAUAGCUACAGAAUGUUUAGGUGAUGGGAAUGCUCAAAAGUGGGCAUCUAAAACAGCCAAUAGUAACUGUUACGAUUUUGUUCCUUGGGCAUGUGUUGUUGCAUAUUUGAAUUCUGUCAAGGUUGUGGGAGCCUGGUUGAAAGUUCAGAGGUGGAGGAUGAUUGCAUGGUUUCUCCUAAUCUGUUUAAAAGUGUUAGCUUGCCUACACAUCCUGUAGAAAAUUUUGAAGGUCGUGCAUUCUGCCUUUUACCUUUACCAAUCAGUACUGGUCUUCCUGCUCGUGUAAAUGCAUACUUUGAAUUAAGGGUAACUAACAUUUCUUAAUGAAACCCUCCUGAUAUUAUCUUUUGAAUCA